UGUACGAGUGGCUUAGCUCUCGCUGUAGCCGAGAUUGUUGUCGGACCUCUCCUGAAGCCGGUGGGCCAAACGAAGUGGCAACUAGUCUUCGCUUAUGCAGGCCUAACCGCUUUUCUGGCUGCAGUGGGAUCAUGUACACAGCACAAUCAAGGAAGGGCUCUAGCGUUUACCACAAUCUCGGGAUUCUUCACUGGUUGGCUUGAACUCAUAUGCCUUGUUGCAAAUGGGUUAGUGGUGCAAUCCAGUGACUUAGGUCUUGCAAAUGGCUUUUUAGGCUCUAUAAAGCAGAUUGCGGGAUCAGUAGCUGUAAGCAUUUAUGUAGCGGUGCUGACCAACCGCAUUGACGUCGAACUGCCAAAAGCAGUAACAAGUGCUGCAAUUAAUGCCGGUCUGCCUAGCACGUCCGUCGUUGCUGUGCUCGGAGCAGUUGCCAAUGGAACAACAGCAGCCUUAAAUGCUGUGCCUGGGAUUAAUCCCAACAUUGAAGCCGCCGUUACUAAUGGCGUUAAGACAGCAUAUGCUUCAAGCUUUAAGACUGUAUAUCUUGUUACAAUUGCUUUUGGGGGCAUCGCAUUCAUUGCGGCUCUUUUCACAAGCAACAUCAACGCAAUGCUGAACAAUUACGUCAGUCGUCGUAUAGCGGGCACAGUCGCGGAUAGUAUUCCCACUGAACUUACUUUAAAACACACUCGAGACACCUAUGAAGUUGAAGUCUAG